CCGUAGUACUGUAUAAAUCAGUUAACAUAAGUCAUAAUAUUACUAAACUAGUAAUAUUAGUUUAGUAAUAUUAUGCAUAAGUACAUUUUAGUGCAUAUAUAUCUUUGUACUUUGAAGUACAGUUAGUUUACGAUUAGUGUUACCAUACUCGUUACUCGUAGGCAUUAACAGCGUCUACCUGGCGUAGUGGUCUAGUUGUUAUGGUCUACAUCUGGAGAUGAUUGCUUACAUCCUGCCCGAGCUUUUUUCACACUUUUAUAGUUUUACUGUUUUACAACAAUAUCUGCAACUUGUCCAUUUUAUCAGUUGUUGGUAUCACGAAUUUUUCAGCUUCUUUUUUGACGAUGUCGUCUUAUGGAUAGUUUUUUAUCAGCUGACACGAAUGCCGCUUUCUUUAUUCAGGUGUGGUUAAUUAUGUAGUUGAUUUGGAAGGCACGAAGCGAGGCACUGCAAUAGUAAUACGCCUCGAUUUUUACUAAAGUUUUCGACUGCACGGAGAGGUUGUGGUCUGCACUCUGAAUCCAGUGCUGCCAGCUUGAAUAAUCUUUUCUAAAAAUUUUUUUAAUGGGUCAUGGAUUUUAAUAAAAUGCGUCGGACAUCUCUGGGUUCACUGCAAACAGCCCGUCUCCUGGAUGAUUUUGGCGAAGGUGACAGUGUUGAUUCUGAUGCAAAAAGAAGUGCGUCCCUGGCUAAAGAGCGACAAAAGCAAAAAGCCACUGCUCGACAAGUUCCCGUUGUUCCACCAGUUCUGUCGUUUCCUGCAGAUGGCAACAGAUCUGCUCUUGUGGAGAUUGCGGAUGACGAUGCUUUCUUGUCGUCGAAAGAUGGCUCCGGAGAUGGCACAGGGGAUUUUUCGGAUAAAAAUCAGAAACCCAUCCUCUUGGCCAGAGAGCAGACGGAAAGUGUCCUGAAGGAACAACUGCGAUUAUUGCAAGAAGAACUGAAACUGAAGGACAGCGAGUGCGCCAAAAUGCAAGCGUAUCGGGACCGUGUCAGUGCGGAACUGGAAGAUUUAACAGCAACAUUGUUCGAGGAGGCAAAUAAGAUGGUCAGAGACGAAAAAGUUCGGAGACAUCAAGCGGAGAAGUUGUACAAGGAGACGUAUAUGAAACUUGAAGCAUUGGACACGGAAAUGGCCUGGCGUCGCGAACAAAUGGCCACCAUUCCUGAGAAAACAUCAUCGCUCCCGACACGUUCCGCCAGUUUGCACACACUCAACACAAACUCUUCUGCAAACGAUGCGUUGACAUUGUCGGGUGUAAUUGACUGGUUUCGCGGAGCCAAACCAUUAGCGAAUGGCGCACAAAGUCAGAUGCCUUCGGUAACCGUGGACGCGAUUGCUGAUGAAAAUGCUGUGAUCCGAAAAGAAAUUGAUCCCGUUGUACAUGCCGAAUUUGUGUCGUGGCGGCAGAAACCAUCUCUCAGCCGAGAACAUCCUUUGAUUAAUCGCAUUUACAACCAGGAUAUUGAGCCAAAUUUCGAAUUUACGAAUCUGGAAUUGGCGAAGCGGGCGCUGAAAGCAGUGGAACAGAACACCAUCUUCAUCGAGGAAAGCUGUAAAUACAAGCCAUUUGCAAAAGUAUGCUCGCUGUCUUUAUCUCCGCGGUCCUGUGUGUAUCGGAUGCGGCUAGGAGACGAUAAUACCUGGUACGCAAUUUCGGCAUUUGCGAGAAAUCGGAUUAUUUCGGUAUGCGACUUUUUCACGUUCAUUCGCUAUAUUCAACUUGGUCUGGUGCGACGAGGAGUUCAUGAUACGUGGUGGGAAAUUGUUUCUCAUCGUGAACGCAUGUCCAAAGCACGGCUUGGGGUGUUAUAAUUGCUUGGACAUCACCCACAUUACUAAUGCAGAAAUAUGGUUUGCUGUACGUGAUGUACGAAUAACCGGUGCAAGUGUUCGCCAAAGACAGUCUUGUAUUAUUCUUGUAGUGUGACCUUUGUCAUUCCGGUGUUUGAUGUUGUCCUGUUUUUAAGCAAAGUUUUAUUAAGUACUGUGUUCAUGCCCUUCGCAAAAACAAUAGCAACAAGAGGAAAUUUGCAGCGCAACGGCAGCCAACCAAAUUGGUCCACGAAUACUCUGCGAAGGUUGCAGCUUUGGCAGACAGAGGGA